GAGGAAAGGAAAGAAAGCUCCUCGGCCAAGUUCAAUACUCACCCUAUUCUCAACAAUAAAGUGCAAUUAUAACGUUCUCUUAUUAUUAUGCUAAAUUUCAUUCUCCGCAAUCACAACAAUACACGAUAAAACCACCAAGCAGUCACAAUGCCUCAACCAAGACCCCUUCCCAAAUUCCGCCAAAAACCUAUAGUCCGACUACGAACACCACUGAACCCGAAACUUCCCACCCCCUCCGAAGGAACCGUAUCACAAUCACCCUCAAUCGACGAGCUCACAGUCAACAAGACCAGCGCAUGGUCAUUCCCAUGGCGACGCUCACAAGAGCCACUCUCACCACCACCACGACCCCGGAUCUUCACCCGCAUCUUUUCUUUCCUCCCAAUCAUCCCCACACCAGUUCGCAGAAUCCUCCGCGUCAUCCGCAUCCUAGCCCCCAUCAUCCCCAUGGGCAUCUUCUUCUCCGAGCACAUCGCCCAGAUAAUGUGGGUGCGCGGGCCGUCAAUGACACCCUACCUGAACGAGGGGUACGAGCAGACCAAUACCAAUAGCGAUAUGGUGCUUGUGAAUUUGUUUCCGUUCAGUGCCGGGAUUAGGUCGAUGGGGAAGAAGAGGACGAGGUUGGAGAGAGGGAUGAUUGUUACGUUUCGAUCACCGGCAAAUCCCAACCAUAUCGCUAUAAAACGCAUCAUAGGUCUUCCUGGGGACCGCAUUACAACGAGAGAACCCUGUCUCAAGCCUACACAGAUUGUCCCCUUUAAUCAUAUCUGGGUUGAAGGGGAUGCAGAGGAUCCGGGCAAGUCGCUUGAUAGUAAUACAUAUGGGCCUGUAAGUGUGAAUCUCAUUACGGGUCGUGUUGAAGCGGUACUGUGGCCGCGGCCGAGGUGGUUGAGGUGGACGGAUUGGGAGAAUGGCGCCAACACCGACGCCGAUGACCAUUAUAGGGAGGAGGUGAGAAAGAGGGUUGUGAAAGAGGCUGUGAAAUUACAGUCUCCGGCAAUAUAAAAAUAUAAAAAAGCUACAGGCUGGUUCCUUUGUUCUUGUUUG